AUGGCCCAGGAGAAGUGCUCCAGGUCCUUCAUCUACAAGGUCAAGGACCUCGUUGAGGCUGGGGACAGCCUCGGGAGGAAGACGGGUUCCGGAGGAUCCAAUAAGAAGCGGACUGGGACCAAAUUGGCCGAGAUCAAGGCCAAAAUCGAGAAGAAGCCGGACAUCUCCCUGGCCGACCUCGGGAAGGUCGCCAACGUCUCCAAGACGACGGCUUCCGCGGCCGUGAAGGACCUCGGCCUCAAGAGUUAUGUCAGGAGACAUCGUCAGCUGAUCACGACGGCGUCAAAGGCCACCAGGGUCAUAAAAGGAAAAAAGUUGUUGGCCUGGAUGAAGAAGAAUCCGCGCGUUGUUCGUGUGUUUUCGGACGAAAAGUUUUGGACCGUGGACCAGGCCAGGAAUGCGCAAAAUGACCGCUGGUUGGCCACCACCCCUGGAGAGGUCCCUCAUAUAAAUAGGACCAAGCACCCGGCCGGAGCCAUGAUGCUGGGGGUCGUGGCGAGCGACGGGAAGGCCAUGCCCCCCUACUGGUUCCCCAAGGGCCUGAAGAUCAACACGGAGGAGUACCUGAAGGUCAUGAGGAAGGUGGUGAAGCCUUGGCUGGAUGCCACAUACCCCCUGGGCAACUACGUGUGGCAGCAGGACUCCGCCCCCGCCCACAAGGCCAAGAAGACUCAGAAGUGGUGCCAAGACAAUUUAGCCGCCUCCUGGCCGUGGGCAAUGUGGCCGCCUUCCUCCCCAGACUGUUCACCCUUAGACUACGGGAUCUAG